UUUGUUCAACAAACAAAUUACACAGGACCCUAGAGAGGGGGCUGGGGCAUUAUCGAUUGAUUGAUAGCGAAACAGGAAAAAAUAAACUCGUAUAUAUAGAAAAAUAAAUAAAUAUGGCCUGUCGCAUAACGUUUUUAAAGGCUAUACUCAUAAUACUGAAUGUGCUGCUAUCGCUAAUUGGCGUGGCAUUAAUUGCGUUGUCUGUAUUUGAGCUGAAUAACACUACUCCUGGCAGUUUCGAGCACAUCGCAGUGGUGGUGCAGAUAUUUGUUGGCUCCUUUGUGAUUCUGACUUCGUUUCUGGGCUGCUUUGCCGCUGGCCGCAUAUCGUUGGGCCUAAUUUGGAGCUAUGUCAUCUGUCUGGCCAUUCUGCUGUCCCUGCAAAUCUACAUAAUUGCCGCCGCACAUUCCACGGACUACGUGCAGCGUGCGCGCAGUGAUUAUCUGGCCUUGUGGGCCGAUCGUCGCCAUAACUCCGAGCGUCUUGCCUACAUCGAGCAGCGGUACACAUGUUGCGGCAGCACCGGACCACAGGAUUACAUACUGCUGGGCAGUGGCAUACCUCUGAACUGUUACAAGAAUUUGGAGCGGUCGAGCAGUAAUCUGUUUAGCGCCGGCUGCCUGGAGUCUGUGCAGGCACAUGCCACCGAUAAUGUGACCAAUGGCUUGAUCAUCAAGUGGCUCUUGUUCAUUGUGGAGAUGACUUCACUCGGCAUCGCCACUCACUUGGGCAUCACAGUGCGCAACAAACUGCGUCGAGAGAGAUUCUAAAAAGGGCUCUUCAUCUACUUGUAGGGCAUCCAUACCAAUAGCAAAGACCAAACACAUUACUUUUUUAUGUAUUUUACACACAGUAGUACCUAGUUCUAUAUUAUUGAUAUACUUGUAAUCGUUUAAUGCGACAUUGUUAAAGUAUUACAAAAUAAAUUGUGUGUUUCAAGAACAA